AUGGAUUUUGCACAUCCCUCAUCUUCUAACGGCUCAUGGAAGAAUCUAUGCAAUGUUGUAGAAUAUAGUGGCAUUUUCGAUUCUGAAUUUCGCCAGCCCCACUCACGGUGCAUGGAAAACACACGCGUUACCCUUCGGAAGAGCAUAACACAAGUCCUUGACCAACGUGAUCGGACGAACAUCUGGCUCAACGGUCUCGCCGGUGUCGGAAAAACGUCUAUCGCAUUCACCGUAGCUGAGGAGAUGAAAGCAGCGAAGAGGCUUGCUGCCACUUUCUUCUCACACAAGCAUGCACAAAAGGCUGUCGCCAUCAUUCCUACCAUCGCAUACCAGCUGGCACUGGCUUUUCCGCGUAUCCGAGAACAUAUCAUGCGAGAGCUUGUCAUAAAGCCACUCGAGAUAUUGAGAUUCCGCGAAGAGCCUUAUACUAUUAUCAUCGAUGCUCUUGACGAAUGUUUCUCCUCUGAAGAGGCGGCGAGACUGGUCACGCUGUUGACAAACACCCUCGCGGGUCCAGCCUUGCCAUUCAUCCACGUCAUAUUCACAAGCCGCCCUGAGGCGCAUAUUCGCGCUGUCAUGCUCUCCGGUAUCUACGAGAUUCUCCUUACCACUCAUGAUAAAGACACUAUAAGGGAUGUCCGCUUCUUUCUGCGAGAAUCACUGGACAGAACACGGACAAGUCGACCUACUGUUUUCGGUCAGCCACCCAUCCCCUGGCCAUCGGAGGAUGAAUUCGAGACAUUGGUGUUUAAGGCGGGCGGUCUAGAUUGGAACUCUUACUACGCGAGCAUGGCGACUGUCGGUGCUGAUAUCGAUCAGCUUUAUUGGCAGAUCAUUGCAACUUCGGAGGAUCCACUUGCGCACUGCCGGAUGUUAGCGUCUAUCAUUAACCUUGACGAACCGUUGAAACUUGUGGAGCUCCAAGAACUCUUUUACGCGGAUAAAAAUAGCUUGGUUGUGACGCUUGAAGCAUUUUCACCGGUGAUCUUGAACGGAUGGGGUCGGGCGCGUUGA